GGUGUCAACAAACAUCUAUACAGAAUACCAACAAAAAGUGACCACAAGAACGACAAAAGAUACAACAGUACAAUUAUAAUCAGAAAAAAGGACAUAUGGCCUUUAGAUGCCAGUCCAUACUCAUUGAGGAUCGUGUAUCACAAUCGCGGAGUAGUGCGGAAGGGCCCAGGAAGCUGGACUUCCUCACCGAACCGUGAUAUAUCCUCACAAAGAGAAGAAGAAGAAGAAGAAGAAGAAGAAGACAUUUUUUAACCUGAAAUAACAGUACCCUGGUCAUCGAAGGGAAGGGUAUUGAGAAGAGUGAUGGAAGCGUCGGAGGAGGCGCCGGUGGAGGUAGCGCUAGCGAUUUUUUGACGAAAAAUGCAAUUAAAUAUCUUCUAUCCUAUGUGGGUUGCUCCAUACCAUAUGUUUUUGUAAACAAACUCUGACAUAUCUCGACUAAAAUGGUGGUCUGUCAAAUCGACAAAAAAUCCCUUCUAAAUACCUUGAUCCUAUAUAAACUUUGGUUUCUGUCAAUCGACAAAAGUUGGCACAGAGUGGUGUAAAAUUGUAUGUUUUCCGUCGCCUGCUUUUCAGUGUACCAAUUUUUGUGCGAAAAAGAGGCCUCUUCUGCACGAUGGCCGAGCUGCUGAUUGAUCCGAACAUACGCGGUUGGGUGUUUCUGCCCAUUGUUGUAAUCACCUUUCUGGUGGGAAUCAUCCGGCACUACUUUUCCAUUCUGAUAUCGUCCCAGAAGAAGGCGGAACUUACCCAGAUUCAGGACAGCCAGGCGAUGAUCCGUGCCCGGUUACUGCGCGAGAAUGGCAAAUACCUCACGCAGCAAUCGUUCGCCAUGCGUAGACACUACUUCAACAACGAGGAUACGGGCUACUUCAAGACACAGAAACGGGCACCACCGAGCCCGAAUUCGACCGCGAUGCUGUCGGAUCUGGUGAAGGGGAACUUUAUCAACGUGCUACCCAUGAUUGUGAUCGGCGGAUGGAUUAAUUGGAUGUUUUCCGGCUUUGUCACGACGAAGGUUCCAUUUCCGCUGACACUACGCUUCAAGCCGAUGUUGCAGCGAGGCAUCGAGCUGGCGUCGCUUGAUGCUGCCUGGGUGUCGUCCGCAUCGUGGUACUUCCUGAACGUUUUCGGUCUGCGAAGCAUCUACACGCUCGUGUUGGGUGAAAAUAAUGCUGCUCAGCAAUCCAUGCAGGAUCAGAUGUCCGGUGCCGCCGUAGCCAUGCCACAGGACCCGAAGGCCGCGUUCAAGGCGGAAUGGGAGGCGCUGCAGAUAACUGAGUAUCAGAACGUGCUAGCCAACAUCGAGAAUGAGCUGCUGGCCAGUAGCGGCCUGGCGGGUGAUCACUCUAGCCAAAGUACACCAUUCCUACAGUCUAGUCGUGGCGAGGACGGAUCGUUGCUUCGGAAUUGAUACGUUAGAGCAGGUCUGUAGCAAAUAGAUUACUUAGACUGGUUGUUUUAGAUCGAGACGAGUCGGUAAAGAGGCAAAGAUCAUAGAAAAGCGUUCGCACGCCCCAGAGAUUACCUUAUAAAAUGAUGCAUAAAGGUACGAGGAGGCGCAUUCUAGCGAAGACCACAGUGCACAUAGCGUGGCAUUGGUAUUGUACACCGCAACGAGUUGGUAGUUAAAUGAAUUAUUUAAAUCAUCUUGCGCAAACAUCUUUGUCCAAUGGUAACUGUGUUGUUAAUACAAUGCAAACGGUGGAAGAAGCAUGGAAAUAAAAUCGGAAAAGGAAUAUUCGCA